CUGGAGUGUCAGCGAGUAGACUAACAGGUGCCUCUACUGAGAUGCGACGGAUGCUUACUAACGCAGAUUUUUUCAAUUCGAUUUUAGAUUUUUAUUUCAAAUCGGAAUUGUUGUUUCAAUCUAUUUAACAUUUAGUAUUUCAUUAUAUUAAAACAUUUUGCUAUUCAUUCUGAAGACUUAAAACUUUGUUUUAAAAAUACAUGUAUCGGGAGUUUAGACUACAUUUGUUUAUCAGUGUCAUUUCAAUAUAGUUUGAGAUUAGUAUUUUUUCAUCAAAUGUGGCUACUUGGUUCAACUCCUGAAGUCAUGGAAGAGCGCCUGUCACCUUCUGCGUGUUUCGUCCGGAACCCCGGCAAUAACCACAACACCGCAGCAGCGAGGGUUCACAGUAUUGAAGCAAUAUUGGGAUUUAAAGACGAAAACAUAUAUAGUCAAUCUGUCUCAUACAAUGGAUCAUCAGGGAAACUCGCCGAGCGGAGAGGGAACGGAAUUAUGUCAUCCCUGAAGAAAGAACACAACACGGAAAGUUUUGACAGUGUCUGCUGCAGCAGUUCGGGGGCCUCUGUUAGUCCUGAUUUACCUGACGGGGAGGAUAAACUGUCCGAUGAUGAGAACCCAAAGAAAAAGCACCGGCGCAACAGGACUACGUUCACAACCUUUCAGCUGCAUGAGCUGGAGAGAGCGUUCGAGAAGUCGCACUAUCCUGACGUCUACAGCAGAGAGGAGCUCGCGAUGAAAGUGAAUCUUCCGGAGGUUCGAGUGCAGGUGUGGUUCCAGAACCGUCGGGCCAAGUGGCGUCGCCAGGAGAAGCUGGAGGUGAGUUCCAUUAAGCUCCAGGACACCUCCUCUCUCCUGUCCUUCAGUCGCUCCCCUUCCCAGUCCUUGGGCUCCGGACUGCAGCUGGAGCCAUGGCUCAGCACUGCCAUCACCUCCACCCCACUGCAGUCCCUACCCGGCUUCAUUACCAGCUCCUCUCAGGGCCUCCCAGGAGCCUCCAGCUACUCCCCUCCAGCCUUCCUCAACUCCCCCAGUUUCGGACACCAUAACCUGCCUCACAUUGGUUCUACGCGCCCUCUUCCUCCGCCCCCAUACCAGUGCGCCGUAGCUGGGUACAUGGACAAGUUAGUCAUGGAAGAGACGGAUCCUCGUAAUUCUAGUAUUGCGUCUCUGAGGAUGAAGGCUAAGGAGCAUAUUCAGUCUAUUGGGAAGACAUGGUGAGGAUGGAUGGAUGCUGUCUGCAUCCCUCUGACUGGGGCCAACACUUUAAAGACUACUACUGCAUGCAGUGCUGCUGCUCUACUCUGUGGAUAUGGAAGUCCACUGUGCUAGAGGACUAGAGGACUAGAGGACUAGAGGGCUAGAGGACUAGAGGACUAGAGGACUAGAGGACUAGAGGGCUAGAGGACUAGAGGACUAGAGGACUAGAGGGCUAGAGAGCUAGAGGACUAGAGGGCUAGAGGACUAGAGGACUAGAGGACUAGAGGACUAGAGGGCUAGAGGACUAGAGGACUAGAGGACUAGAGGGCUAGAGGACUAGAGGACUAGAGGGCUAGAGGGCUAGAGGACUAGAGGACUAGAGGGCUAGAGGACUAGAGGACUAGAGGACUAGAGGACUAGAGGACUAGAGGGCUAGAGGACUAGAGGACUAGAGGACUAGAGGACUAGAGGACUCCACGAGAUGAUGCAAACUAUUGUUUCUUCUUCAGUGGUUUACAUCAUCGUCCCAGUCAGUGUUUUUUUGUGAAUUCUCAGUAUUGGAGGAGGAACAACUAUGUCUAAUUUCAGAUACUCACGUUUUAUAAUGAACUUUCACUGUCAGUGUUAUGCUUGGAUUCACCAAGAUCCAUCCGGUCUACUUUUAAUGAAAAAUGAAGGAUGCCAUUGAGGAGAAAGUGGAAGUGUGAAAUGUUUGUCUAUGUUGCCCGUAACCUGGUUUCUAUGUCAUAAUUUCCAUCCCUAUUUGACCAAUUCUCUUGUGUUAUUCUGCCAAGACAAUCCCAUCCCAGGAUCAAUGUGUGUAUUGUUGAUUACCAACCCUUGUUUAGAUACCUUUCUUUCAGUAUUUUUCCAUUUUGUGCCGCUGACGUUACAAAUGCACAAAUGUAGAUGAACAAAUGUCCAUUUGCUGUAAUUAGGUUCUCUCUGUACGUGAAUGAUAUUAUGGAAAUAAACCUGUAUAUUUACAUCAACCCUC